AUGGCGUCCGCCGUCCACCACAACUGCCACCGCCUCCUUGCGCUCCUCCUCCGCCCUCUUCCCACUCCGUCUCGCCACCCCCGCCUCUCCUUCUCGCCGCGCCCAGCCGGCCUCCGUUCCUUCUUCCCGGCUCCCGGUUGCCGCCUCGGCACGCAUGCCGUUGCGCUUGCAGAGCCAGAGUUCGUGCCCCCAGAGGAGGAGGAGGAGGAGGAGGAGGACGCCCGGUUCGUCGUGGUGACCUUCUACAAAUUCGUAUCCCUCGAGGACCCCCACGCCGAGGUCGUCAGACACCUCAACUUCCUCCAGGGACGCGACAUACAUGGUCGCAUUUACUUGAAUGAGCAGGGAAUCAAUGCUCAGUACAGUGGACCUCACAAAGAUGCAGUGGCAUAUGCAGACUGGGUUAAGAAACACCAUCGGUUUUCUGAUACGAUUGUUCAAACCUCACCAGCUGUAACUGGGCAUGCCUUCCCUCGGCUGAAACUACGGUACAAACCAUCACUUGUUCAGUUAGAAGGAGGUAGUUUGCAUCUUCCGUUGCUGGACCCUAACAUGCGUGCGACGCCAUUGACUCCAUCAGAGUGGAAGGAAAGCCUUGAAGCUAGGACAUGCCUUGAUGUGUCCUCAAGUGAAACAUCUGGAAGGAGGCUUUUGCUGCUGGAUGUGAGGAAUGACUAUGAAUGGGAUAUUGGGCAUUUUGAAGGUGCCCAGCGGCCUAAUGUGGACUGCUUCAGAAGCACUUCCUUUGGGCUCUCGGGAGAGAUGGAGGACCCUUCGGAUCCUCUAAAUGGCAUAGACAGAGAGAGGACAGACAUACUAAUGUACUGCACCGGGGGGAUAAGGUGUGACGUAUAUUCAACAAUUCUUAGGAAGAAGGGGUUUCGGAAUCUGUAUACACUGGAGGGAGGAGUGUCGAACUAUCUCAAGGCGGAGGGGCCAGCGGGGUGGGUGGGGAAUCUCUUCGUCUUCGAUGGCCGGCUCUCGCUGCCACCAGCGACAUUCAGGCAGUCUUUGCCGUCGGAGGAAGAAGAGAAAGAAGAGAAUGGGAGGUGGGUGGGAUGCUGCUACGCGUGCAGAUCUGAGGUGGUGGAGCUGCGGCACCGCAACUGCGCCAACAUCGACUGCAACCGCCUAUAUCUGUGCUGCGGUUGGUGUGCGGAGGAGCUGCGCGGCUGCUGCUCCUCCGACUGCAAGGUCGCCCCUCGGCUGCGGCCGCUCCUGCCAGGCCACCAGAGAUACUUGAAAUGGCAUGUCUACCGCGACGGACGAUGA